CAGCGCAUCUGGCUUUCAAGAAAGACUCAAGGUUUUCCUCCAAUAGGGGAGCUAGCAGAUAAGCUCAUUGACUAUCACAUGGGAUGACUGAAGCAGCCACGAGCCUCACAAUCAAUCGGUAGAGAGAAGUUUGAGCAUCCCACAGUGAUUUACUAGGUCGCCAUUUUCCUCCGCCAAAAUGAACCCUAUAACCACAAGCUCAUGAGCGAUCUGUUUUCUUAUCCUCCCAAACACAAAUGAUCCAUGAUGCUGUCACAUGUGGGCUGGCCGCCGCUGGCUAAGCAUAAUAAUGUGGUCCAAUGGAUAUCCAGUCAAACCAGGCCUUUCAGAACCACAUGAACUCAAGCAUAGUACUUAAAUUUAGCUUUGGGAAGCAAAGGAAGAAUCCCACUCCUAUGGGCGAGGAGGAGGGGAGGAUAACGCCAGAAGCCAAAGACUCUGAAAUAAUACAGGACUUCAAGGUAGCUUUGACAGAAGAAAACAUAAACUUGAAAACACUAAGAGAGCUGUGCUUCAAUGGAAUUCCAUUUGAAGGAGGCAUUCGGGCACUUUGCUGGAAGAUUCUUCUUAAUUACCUUCCUCUUGAUCAGACGCGAUGGGACACAUUCCUCACAAAGGAAAGGGAGGUGUAUUCCCAGUUUCUGAAAGAAAUGAUCAUCCAACCUGGCAUUGCCAAAGCCAAACUGGGCCUAUCCAGAGAAGACGUUACAAUGGAAGACCAUCCUCUGAAUCCAAAUCCAGAUAGCAGGUGGAACACAUACUUCAAAGAUAAUGAAAUUCUACUUCAGAUUGAUAAGGAUGUAAGGAGGUUAUAUCCAGACAUGGCCUUUUUUCAGCGUCCUACGGACUACCCUUGCCAACUGAUCUUGGACCCUCAGAAUGAUUAUGAAACACUGCGUCGGCGAGUGGAACAAACCACUCUGAAAGCACAAACUGUAAAUCGUAACCGGAGUGGAGUAACCAACGUUAGCUCUCCUGGAAAGUCUUUGAACCUGUAUCCAUCUAAUGAAUAUGAGGUGUUGCCCAGUGGGAGUGAAGCACAUUGGGAAGUGGUAGAGCGCAUCCUCUUCAUUUAUGCCAAACUGAAUCCUGGGAUUGCUUAUGUCCAGGGCAUGAAUGAAAUUGUUGGUCCAAUUUACUAUACCUUUGCCACAGACCCCAACAGCCAAUGGAAAGAGCAUGCAGAAGCAGAUACAUUCUUCUGUUUUACCAACCUAAUGUCAGAAAACAGAGAUAACUUCAUCAAGAGCCUGGAUGAUUCCCAGUGUGGGAUUACAUACAAAAUGGAGAGUGUGUACUCUAUGCUCAAAGAAAAAGAUGUAGAGCUCUAUCUCAAGCUGCUAGAACAGAAUAUCAAGCCUCAGUACUUCACCUUCCGCUGGCUGACCCUGUUGUUAUCACAGGAGUUCCUCCUGCCAGAUGUCAUCCGCAUUUGGGAUACUCUGUUUUCUGACCAGGACCGCUUCCACUUCCUCAUCCUGGUCUGCUGUGCCAUGCUCAUACUGAUCCGGGAUAUCCUCCUGGCAGGGGACUUCACAGUGAAUAUGAGAUUACUACAGGAUUACCCCAUCUCAGAUGUUCACACUAUUCUAACAAAGGCCAAAGAGCUGCAAGAUAACUCAUAACCUGUUCUGUCUUCUUCCAUCUGUUGCCUCCUGUCAGAUGUGGUGAGUGGAAGCCCAAACAACAACAAAGCACAUUAUCAAUUAUGUUUAAGGACCUAAAUACGUGUCUUGUGGAAGGAGGGGGGGGGUGUCUGUAUAUUGCCGUUUAACUGGAUGACUGAUAUUGUGAUCAGAGUGGACUUCUGAGAGAACUUGUGUUGUGGAGGAAAUGCAUCUCGGUGCAUUAUGGGGAACAGGUCCGUGUGGUCAUCCUCCAUUCUCAGCCAUCUCUCCUAUGGAGACUUGAGGUCCCGACUGAGUUUGCAUCUGGGGCACCAGGAGGCAUGUUACGUGAAUGAAAACAUUCCAGAGAUGUUCAACAAUGGAGAAGAGAUUUUUAAGAAAACACUGCAAUGCCAUUUGUAAGUGCAUUAAAUUAGUUUGAGCAGUAGUGCAUGUUUUCCUUUAAUAUGUUUUUAGUCUUUGUGCUAUUUUAAAAACCUGAUGAAUCCUGUAUAGAAUUUCACACUGUCAGUAUUUGAAAGGUAAUUAUGAAGUGAUGGGACUAUUACUUAAGCAUUGUGCCUUUAGACCUGUGAUGAAUUUAAAAAAAUUUUACUGUAUCACCCUGAAAGAAUUAAAUAUUACUGAAUUGCUAAAACCAUCCAAGGAUGAUUUACUCUACAAAGUGUUAUGCUGUAAAUGAACUCAAUUAGCAUUUUCCUUUAUUUUUGUACAAUAAAGUUUUGAAAGUAAAUUCAUUGAGGAACCCAGUUUCAUGUUACAGCUGAAACAUUUAUUUGACAUGUCCAUUGUUGUACAUUUAUGUAUUUAAAAAAAAAAUGUUUUACAUAUUUGAUUGGAUGUACUGUACAUGACUGUCAGUGUGACUACGGGCUUGUAAUUUUUUUUUCCCUCUGCAAGGAGAGAGUUCAGAAGAGCUUCCUUGGAAUAACUCUUGAUCCAUCUUAUUUUCCUUUGUAGAUUUGGUGCCUUUUUUGCGAUCACUCAAAAUCCAUAAUCGAGGACAAGUGUUGUGAUGUCACCUCUUUUUAAACAUUGUCGGGUUAUUACUGUAUCAUCAACCCCAUCCUUUUUAAUUUCAGAAAUGGUUCCUCCUAAUUCCUUGACAGAGGAAAGUACGCAAGGCAACCAGUUUGGAAUGUGAAUGUACUGACUGUAUCUCAAUACCCUACAAAUCGCAGACCAAAUAUAAAUAACCAACCAUUCGCAUUCACACUUUAGGACAAUUUAGACUCUUCAGUUAGCCUACCAUGCAUUUUUCUGGGAUGUGGGAGGAAACCGGAGGCAUGGGGAGAACAUGCGAACUUCACACAGAUGAGGUUGGAUUUGAGUCUGCGUUCUCUGAACUGUGAAGGUGUGUUAACCACUCAUCCGCUGGCUCCCAGUGACAUAAUCUUGAUGCACAUACAUACAGUAAAUGUUCUUUGUAGAUUAAUUACUUGUUAGAUUAGCUAACUGUAGAAGAAGCGAUCUCACGUCUAUAAAUUCAAUUUUCAUUGUGUGUUACACGUCUGUAGAGUAUCCGAUUGCAGCUUUCAGCUUGUCCCAUCACCAGUCACCACAGAUAGUCACUUGCAUGAUUUGUCUGCCACAGUUUUCACAUCGGGUCACUUUCCUGACGCUACCCGCCCAUUUUUUAAUUCGGGUUUUGGACCAAUAGUGGCUGGCUAUUGAGGUACUUGACAAGAUUUGAACCUUAACUAACUGCACAAAAUUCCCUAGCAUGUGCCACCAUACAUACAGCACUGUAUGUAUAGACUUAAAAAAAGAAAAGCAAAAUGUCUCAUAUCUCAUGAUUCGUCUUGGUAUACUGGUAUCUCUCAACUGUCUUUGGCAUUAACACUUUUUUCUCACCAAUAAGAUACUUAAGGAUCAUAUAUUCGCUGGGGAAAGGGUGGAAAAGAGAAGGUAAACUGGGGUAUCGUCAAUGGAAAAAAGAAAAUCCAAUCUUUCAAAAUUCUACUCGGACAAGCCCUACUUUUAUUCUUCAAUGCUACAAUCUUUUAUUUUUGUCAAUGAUGUCUUGUUUAUAUUGUUUUCUACUUGCAAGGAGACAUGCAUGUCUUGAUUGUUAAAAUAUUACCAAGGCACCUUUUGACACCAAAAGAACCCAAUAUUCCAGGUGUGUGCAACGUAAACCAUUGUGAAGCAUCUUAAAAUUGAAGUUGGUGUUGGUGAGUUGUAGUCCAAGGGAUACAGUAUUCAAUAUACAUGUAAAGCCUGUUAGGUUGCAUGUUCCACACUUUAAAAUCAUGAAUUUGGAAUGACUGCAGUGUUAAUAAUUGUGCAACUGUUUUUGUUUUCAAAUGUGCAUUAAAAUAAUGGUAUCACUGACCUUUCAA